AUGUCUCAAGAAUUCACUUUCAAAGAGGUGGCUGCUCACAACACCAAGAAGGAUCUCUUUGUCAUAAUUCACGACCAGGUCUACAACAGUUCCUCCUUCGUGGACGAACAUCCAGGCGGUGAAGAAGUCCUUCUCGAUGUCGCCGGUCAAGAUGCGACAGAAGCCUUUGAAGAUGUAGGCCACUCAGACGAGGCCCGAGAGAUCUUGGAAGGUAUGAAGGCUGGCACUUUGAAGAGAGUGGACGGUGAUCCCGCACCAAAGGUCGCUGCCACAGACAAGGUCUCGGCCGGGCCUGGUGGCGCAAGCAAGAGCGACAGCAGUUUCGGCGUUGGUCUGUACGCUGUCAUCCUUGUUGGUGGCCUUGCUGCAUACUUUGCUUAUACUUUUAUGCAAUCGAAGGAUGCGAAAUAG